GCACAUGUGGGCAAUAAGAUGUCCAUUAAAGUUCUAGUUCCUUAUUCAUUUUAUUUGGUUCAUUCCAUUGCAUAGUUAAUGUUAUAACUGGGAAGAUUUUAUUUGCAUUUUCUUCUCCACAGAUAGGCCAUGUCUGGCCCAACCGAUGAGACUGCAGGAGACUUGCCUGUGAAAGAUACAGGUCUAACCCACUUUGGAAUGGGAGAGUUACAAGAAACUUCAAUACCUCGGACAAUGAAGUCUCGCCAGGCAGUGUCACGCGUCAGUCGUGAGGAACUGGAAGACAGAUUUUUGCGUUUGCAUGAUGAAAACAUUGUACUUAAACAGCAUGCCCGAAAGCAAGAGGAUAAAAUUAAAAGAAUGGCCACCAAGUUAAUACGGCUCGUUAAUGACAAGAAAAGAUAUGAGCAGGUUGGUGGCGGCCCCAAGCGGCUGGGACGGGAUGUAGAAAUGGAAGAAAUGAUUGAGCGGCUGCAGGAGAAAGUUCAUGAGCUUGAAAGACAAAAUGAAGUCCUCAAAAACAGAGUAAUUUCCGCCAAACAGCAACUUCAAAUCCAGGGUCACAGGCAAACUCCAUACAAUUACGUGCAAUCGCGUAUUAACACUGGGCGUAGAAAGGCGAAUGAAAAUGCAGGCGUACAGGAAUGCCCCAGGAAAGGCAUAAGAUUCCAAGAUGUAGAUGUAGCAGAAACUCUACAACCCAUGCUUACAAAAUAUGGCAGCAGUUUACUUGAAGAAGCCAGAGGAGAAAUCAGAAAUUUAGAAAAUGUUAUUCAGACUCAGAGAGACCAGAUAGAAGAAUUAGAGCACUUGGCUGAGAUCCUGAAAACUCAGUUGAGGAGAAAAGAAAACGAAAUUGAGUUAUCUCUUCUUCAACUUCGAGAACAGCAAGCUACAGAUCAAAGGUCAAACAUUCGGGACAAUGUAGAAAUGAUUAAGCUUCAUAAGCAACUAGUGGAGAAAAGCAAUGCUCUUUCAGUAAUGGAAGGAAAAUUUAUUCAGCUUCAAGAGAAGCAAAGAGCUCUCAGGAUCAGCCAUGAUGCCUUGAUGGCAAAUGGAGAUGAGCUAAAUAAGCAGCUUAAGGAGCAGCGUUUAAAAUGCUGCAAUCUUGAGAAACAAUUAAAUUCCAUGACAUUUUCUGAAAAACGAAUAGAAGAGCUGCAGGAUAGAAUUAAUGAUUUAGAAAAGGAACGGGAACUUUUAAAGGAAAAUUAUGAUCAACUCUAUAACAGUGCCUUCAGCGCUGCUCAUGAAGAGCAAUGGAAGUUCAAGGAACAGCAGCUCAAAGUGCAGAUUGCUCAGCUCGAGACGGCCUUAAAAUCUGACUUAACAGACAAAGCUGAAAUCCUUGACAGAUUAAAAACGGAAAAAGACCGAAAUGAAAAACUCAUUCAAGAGAAUAGAGAACUGCAGUUACAGUAUCUGGAACAAAAGCAACAACUUGAUGAACUUAAAAACCGCGUGAAGGUCUUCAACAAGGAGAGUGAUAUUAAUGCUGAUGAAUUGAGUGAAGCACUCCUGCUUAUAAAGGCUCAAAAAGAGCAAAAAAAUGGAGACCUUUCAUUUUUAGACAAAGUAGACAAUAAAGGUAACAAAGAUCUAGAACGUUCCCUGAGAGAGCUGCAAGCAACUCAUGCAGAAACUGUGCAAGAACUUGAGAAGACAAGAAACAUGUUGAUUAUGCAACAUAAAAUUAAUAAGGAUUAUCAGAUGGAAGUUGAGGUAGUGACCCAGAAAAUGGAAAAUUUACAGCAAGAUUGUGAACUCAAAGUGGAACAGUAUGUUCAUCUUCUUGAUAUCAGGGCAGCACGCAUCCAGAAAUUAGAAGCUCAAUUAAAGGAUAUUGCCUAUGGCACCAAGCAGUACAAAUUUAAACCAGAAAUCAUGCCAGAUGACUCUGUUGAUGAAUUUGAUGAAACCAUCCACUUAGAACGAGGCGAAAAUCUAUUUGAAAUCCAUAUCAGCAAAGUAACCUUUUCUUCUGAAGUUUUCCAGGCAUCUGGCGAUAAAGAGCCCGUCACUUUCUGUACCUAUGCUUUCUAUGAUUUUGAACUACAGACAACUCCCAUAGUACGAGGCCUUCACCCAGAAUAUAACUUUACUUCUCAGUAUCUUGUCCAUGUUAAUGACUUAUUUUUGCAAUACAUUCAGAAGAAUUCUAUCACUCUUGAGGUCUACCAAGCCUACAGCACAGAUUAUGAAACAAUUGCAGCAUGUCAGUUGAGAUUCCAUGAAAUUCUAGAAAAAAGUGGUCGAAUAUUUUGCACAGCAAGUUUGGUUGGAGCUAAAGGAGACAUCCCAAAUUUUGGCACAGUGGAAUACUGGUUCCGAUUAAGAGUUCCAAUGGAUCAAGCAAUUCGACUUUAUCGAGAACGAGCAAAAGCUCUGGGAUAUAUAACAUCAAAUUUUAAGGGACCAGAGAAAAUGCAAUGGUUAAGUCAACAAGCACCUAAAACUGCACAGCUCAGUUCUACAGAUUCCACAGAUGGCAACUUAAAUGAACUUCACAUUACAAUAAGAUGUUGCAACCACCUGCACUCCCGAGCAAGCCACCUGCAGCCAUACCCAUAUGUUGUGUACAAGUUUUUUGAUUUUGCAGACCAUGAUACAGCCAUCAUUCCCAGUAGCAAUGAUCCACAGUUUGAUGAUCAUAUGUGUUUCCCAGUGCCAAUGAAUGUGGAUUUGGACCGAUACCUUAAGUCAGAGUCUCUGAGUUUUUAUGUGUUUGAUGAUAGUGAUACCCAGGAGAAUAUUUACAUAGGAAAAGUCAAUGUGCCUUUAAUUUCAUUGGCACAUGACAGGUGUAUCUCAGGAAUAUUUGAGUUAACAGAUCAUAAAAAACAUCCUGCAGGCACCAUCCACGUUGUAUUAAAAUGGAAAUUUGCUUACCUUCCACCAAGUGGAUCAAUAACAACUGAAGACUUAGGAAAUUUCCCUCUCAGUGAAGAGCCAGAAGUUGUUCAGAGACUACCUCCAACAUCCUCUGUUAGCACAUUAGUUGUAGCUCCAACACCUAAACCACGACAGCGUUUAACACCUGUAGAUAAGAAGGUGUCAUUUGUGGAUAUCUUGCCACGUCAGAGUUCUGAGACUUCUACUCCUCCUGAAGAUAAGAAGAAAAUUUCACCAGAAGUGGAGCCUGCACUAAAUGUAGAAAUUAACAUGCCCACUGUUUCACAUAUUCCAGAGGUGUCACAAGAAAGCAGUGUCGAUGAAGGAAAAGAGAAUACUGAGAAAAUACAACAAGGAAAAGGAGAUGAUGUGUCUUUAUUAUCCGAGGGUCAGCUUGCAGAACAAAGCUUGGCUUCUUCUGAAGAUGAAACAGAAAUAACUGAGGAAUUGGAAGCAGAAGAUGAUGAGGGCAGAUCAGCUUCUGACAGUGAUGACUGUAUUAUUCCAAGUUCUAUCUCCAAGAAUAUCAAACAGCCAUCAGAAAAAAUUCGAAUUGAGAUCAUAGCUCUUAGCCUUAAUGAUUCUCGAGUAACCAAAGAUGACAGUAUUCAACGGCUGUUUGUUGAGUGCCGAUUCUACAGUCUUCCUGCUGAGGAGACACCUGUGUCACUUCCAAAACCCAAGAGUGGGCAAUGGGUUUACUAUAACCACAGCAAUGUGAUCUACGUGGAUAAAGAAAACAACCAAGCAAAGAGAGAAGUCUUAAAAGCUGUACUGCAAAAGCAAGAGAUGCCUAAUAAAAGUCUUCGCUUCACCGUGGUCAGUGACCCUCCAGAGGAUGAACAGGACCUGGAGUGUGAGGACAUCGGCAUUGCUAAUAUCGACCUCACUGACAUGUUUCAGGAAGGGAGAGACAUCAUUGAGCAAAAUAUUGAUGUUUUUGAUGCACGAGCAGAUGGUGAAGGUAUUGGCAAGCUCAGGGUAACAGUCGAAGCACUCCAUGCCCUCCGGUCUGUCUACGAGGAAUACAGAGAGGACUUGGAGGCUUGAAGGAAACUGUCUCACUCCUGAGUAAAUGCUCGCUUGAAAGCUCCGCCAUGAGACUUUUGUAAUUACUCUGGCGUAUGUAAUCUAUAAUUGAUGGGAAACUGGGAAGGGGGGCCUGGUUUGAAGUGGUUAAGUUCUGUAUACUUUUUCAUUGGUUUAUUUCUCUAUUCCCUCUUUCCCAUGACUGCCAUCCCUCAGGAUUUAAGUUCUCCACAAUGGCCAACACCUUCUCAAUAAUUUAUACCUUGCAUGAUAGCCUGAGAAAGUCUAUUUGCAUUUUCAACAUUUUCUUAUGAAGAACUGCAAUGCAAUUCCCAUUUUUAAUAAGCAAAAAGUAUAAAUCUUAGAAAAUCUAUGAAAAAGAAAUACUUUUAUGUGAUCCCUAACCAUCCCACUAAUUGGGGUGCCUAUGAUUGCCCUCAUUAAGAGUUUUAUACUGUGAAGAUUUUAUUAGAAGCAAUAUAUGAAAAUUACUUGGAUUAAUGUGUUAAUCUUCCUCUUUAAAAUGCUAAUAUCCAUUUUAUGCACAUUAAAGCUCAGUAUGCGUUUCUUUGAUGCAUGCAGUUCCUAUCAAUUAAAUAUAAAGAACGAGACAUGGCACCAACUUA